AUGGCGGGAGCUCGAUUCACCAACUUGACCGACGCGAUUGAACCGCGCGACGGUGCCGAGCCACGCGUUGGCGACGACAAGCGGCAGGGCAUCCACCGGCUGUUUGGAACGACAGAGUUUUGCAAUGUCUGGUGGUGUGUGCCGCUCAACGCGCUCGGCCACAGUGGCGUCGACCGCGACUCCAUCCCGGCGGCGCGGGGGCUGCUGCAGCGGCUGAAGCUGCACGUCGACCCAAUCCUGCGGCGGCGCGGGUGGCGCGUCAAGCACUUGCACGAGCACAAUGGCCGCGGCCCCGGCGGCAUGUGCUACCACGACCUGCAAGGCACGGCGGACAUCUCGAUCCGCCUGCGCGCC